AUUAUCAAUCAAGCGAAGAAACUUGUUCCUGCCGGGCAAAACACUUUGAACUGUUGCACCGCGACGAUAAGUGAAAGGCGUAUGGCGUAAGGGAUACAUUUGAUGUCAGACGCGUCAUGAUCUUAGCGCUCACCACUGAGCCUGGUGUGUGGCAAACCCAGCUCCGUGGUGAGCGUGCUCAGGCAGAGGCAAGCUUCGGCGCGGCGGCUCCAAAAUAUGGACGACUUUGAAAAAGCUGUGCUGAUCACCUUCAGCUUCGAUGGCACGUAUAGCCCUCAACUGAAGGAGCAAGCGGCGGCCUUUACCAAUAACAUCAAACAAACACCAGAGUGUUUGAGGCUAUGUGUCGAACGGUUUUCUGUGACUUCUUAUGCAGAAGUAAAGUUUUGGUGUUUACAAACACUCCAUGAGUUGAUUCGGUCAAGCUAUGCUGGACUUCCAGCGGCCGACAAGGCCAUGAUCCGCGGCGCGCUGAUGACCUGGGUUCAGCGCGACUGCAACACCCCGGCCGCCCCGCUGCCGCCCUUCCUGCGCAACAAGGUGGCGCAGACGCUGGUGGCGGUGCUGCAGUACGAGUACCCGACCAACUGGCCCACCUUCUUCCACGACCUCAUCUCCGCCGCCGCCCAGGGCGAGGGCGUGGUGGACAUGUUCUGCCGCAUCCUGCUGUCGGUGGACGAGGACAUCGUGUCGCUGGACAUACCCAGGUCCCAGGACGAGAGCCGUCUGAGCAUGCACGUGAAGGACAGCAUGCGGGAACACAGCCUGGGGGAGGUGGCGGGCGCCUGGUACCGCCUGGCGGGGGCAUACCGCGACAAGGCGCCGGAGCUGGCGGCGCAGGUGCUGACGACCAUGAGCCGCUACAUCCCCUGGAUCGACAUCGGGCUAGUGGCCAAUGACAAGUUCCUGCCGCUGCUGCUGUCGCUGAUGGACUCCCCCCACGGCGGUCUGCGGAUGGCGGCGGUGGACUGCGUGACGGAGGUGGUGGCCAAGCGCAUGGAGGCGCUGCCCAAGCUGAACCUCAUACAGAGCAUGAAGAUCGUGGGCACCGCUGCCCGCUGGUCCGCCGGCUUCCCCUCCGCCCCCCUGACUGACCACGACGACGACGAGGAGGCCGUCGCUGUCCGCUUCGCGCGCCUGCUGGCCACCCUCGCCACAGAAAUCAUGGACAGUUUGAAGCGCGUGGAGAACGGCGUCAUCAGCCUCUCAGCGGUGGGCUUCCCGGUCAGCGAGGAGGCGGCGAGCGAGGCGGCGCGCGCCUCCGAGGCGGCUGCGGGCAUGUUGUCCCAGCUGUUUCCAGCGGUGCUGGCUGCGUUCAAGAGCAGCUGCGACGAGGUGGCGCUGCCGCUGCUGCCCUUCAUGGGGGCAUACGUGGCGAGGUUGAAGGGACUGGCCAAGAGGAACCCCGGUCUGGACCCGGAGACGCGCGCACAGGUCCGCGCCAUUCUGGAGGGCAUUGCAGUGGCCGCCAAGUUCCCGGCGCAGCCCGACAGCUACGGAGGCGCGCCGCCCGCACUGCCCGCCCAGCUGGCAGCGGCGCAGGAGGAGCGUGAGGCGGUGGAGGAGAAGCGCCGCGACCUCUUCACGCUCUUCCGCAACAUCGCCAAGAUCUGCUUCCCGGAGGUGCUGGGCUUUGUGGGCGCGGCGCUGGGAUCGGUGCUGGGCCGUGCGGAUGCGGGCUGGCAGGACGUGGAGGUGGCGGUGAACUUGCUGUACGAGCUGGGGGAGGGGGCGCCGGAGGAGGCGAUGAAGCCGGAAGGGGGCGGCUUGGCGGCGCUUGCACUGGCGCUGGUGCAGCGCGGGCCGCACCCCAACGUGGCGAGGCAUCGCCUGGUGGCGCUAGCGGUGCUGGAGAGCUGCGUGCGGUACAGCAGGGUGCUGCAGCAGCAGCCGGCGGCCAUUCCGGCGGCGUUGGCGGCGUUUCUGGACGCGCGCGGCAUGGGGCACCCGGCGGAGGAUGUGUCCACGCGCGCCUGCUACCUGUUUAGCCGGCUCGUGAAGGCGUUACGGCAGAAUGUACGACCCUACCUGCCGGACAUGCUGGCCUCGCUGCAGCCGCACUUGCAGCGGGUGCUCACCACACCGCUGAC